AUGGAUAGAAAAAGAAGAAAAGUAGAAAAUGAAAAUAGACAGUUUUGUCCUGAAUGGAUGGACUUAUAUUGUUUUAUUUUACCAGAUAGAGUAGGUGCCUUACCUGUUUGUUUGAUUUGUAAUCAAACAGUGGCUGUUAUGAAAGUGUUUAAUACCAAACGUUAUUAUGAGACACACAAGUCAUUUGCCGAAAAAUUCCCAUUGGGUACUGGCCUUCGUAAAACAAAAAUUGAAAAUUUAAAAAUGAAAUAUAAAUCGGCAACUCAAAUUUUGAGCCAUGCAAUGACUGAACAACAGAAAUGUGCACAGGCAUCUCUACAAAUUUCGUGGAUACUCGGUAAACAUAUGAAGCCAUUUACAGAUGCUGAUAUUGUUAAAGAAUGUAUGCUUCAAUCUCUAAAUAUACUGUUUGAAAAUAAAAAGGAAAUUGUCGAAACUUUUCGUCAUAUCCCAAUAUCAGCAUCCACUAACACGAGAAAUAUUGAAGUAUUGGCCAAAGAUAAUCACAAUCAGUUGAAACAAGAUCUAUCUACUGUUGAUUUUUAUUCUAUAGCCUUGGAUGAAUCUUGUGAUAUCACAGAUACAUCUCAGCUAAUAAUUCACGUGAGAUACUUGAGCAAUAUCAGUGGGACAUUUUACGAAGAGUUAUUGACACUUUUGCCGUUAUCAGGGACCAGCAAAGGAAAUGAUUUGUACAAUGCCCACAGACUAUUUAAGGCACUUCUUCAAGAAAAUGAUACUCAGUUCGACGAUUUAUUACUUCAUAAUAAUGUGAGAUGGCUGAGCAAAGGAAAUGUUUUGCAAAGGUUUUUUAACUUACUGAAUGAAAUUGAACUAUUUUUAAUUCAGAGUACACAUUUGUCUGCCAAAGACUAUCACGAAUUUAUCAGUGAUAAUAGUAACAUAGCAACUAUUGCGUUUUUGACAGAUAUAUUUCAACACAUAAAUUCGUUCAACUUGAAACUUCAAGGUAAUCAGAAACUAAUUUGCCAUUUAGUUUCUGAGGUAAAUUGUUUUUGUAGAAAAAUUGACUUUUUUUUACAAGAUGUUGGUAAUGAACGUUUACAUUUUCCUAACUUGAAAAAAGUUGUUGAUGGAAAUCUCGAGAUUGACAUGACAAAUUUUACGAAGUUUUUGAAAAGUUUAAAAACUGAAUUCGAAAGACGCUUUGCUGAUUUCGGAAAAAUCAAAAACGUUGUACAACUAUUGAACAGUAGUUUUACUCUGCAGCCUGAUGGUGAAUGGAUUAACGAAGCAGAAAAUGUUUUCAAAUGCAACAGAGCACAUCUUCAAAUGGAAAUAAUUGAAUUUCAAUCAGAUGAUGUCCUAAAAAAUUUGUUUAAUGAAAAGUAUUCAAAAACUGAAAUUGAUUCUACAUAUGAUGAAUUUUGGUUGAAAUAUGUAUCUGAAAAGAAAUACCCGACGUUGAAAUUAUUGACAGUGAAAAUGUGUACAAUGUUUGGCUCCACAUACGUCUGUGAGUCUGCUUUUUCAAAAAUGAAUUAUAUCAAAAACAAAUUCCGAUCCCGACUCACCAACGAACACCUUGAAAUGAUGAUGAAGAUAGCUACCACAAACCAUAAACCCGACUUAAAGCAGCUAGUUGAAAGCAAGAUCUGCCAUUUUUCUCAUUAA